AUAUCGACUUGGUUCUCUUUCAGCAAAAUAGCUUUUGAAGCAGAUCAAAGUAGAUAUGGCGUCUUCUGAAGACCUGAAGCAUUUAGCUUCCGCGGAGUUUGUGGCGGGAAAGCCCCCUGACUCUCAGAAUAAGAACCUCCAAGAGUUUGUGCAGCCCCACAUAGAAUCUUUCAACUAUAUGCUUGAAGAUGGUUUAAAAAAUGCUGUGCAGGUUGUUACUGAACCUCAUGUUGUUGUGAGUCAAGCUAUGACUGAUUCCAUUGUUGCUGCGGAUACUACACAUACUGUAACCAUGCAGACAGUUGUUGGUGCUCCACCUUCACAAGCAGAAGCAAUAACGAUAAACCUGCCUGUCAACAGUUUGCAAACAGAUGCUCUUCAUGUUACCAUGCCAGACUCAUCUACAACAGUUUUACCAAAUGAUUAUAUGAACAUUUUAGACAUUGUUCUUGAUAACAGCAAACUUGACUUGCAAAAUAGUAACAUUGGUGGAAACCAAGCUAUUGUUCUUGCUGAAGUAGACGGUACUAGUGGUCAGAUGGUAGCUGUUACUCAAGGUGGUACUGGUAAUACUAUUGCUUUAACUCCUGAGCAAGUAAAUGCUCUAACUGCAGCAGCUGCUCGAGAAGUAAACAAUGCGGUCCCUCUCAUCACUACUGAUGACACCACAUUGUCUCAACCAACAGAUGGUACAAUUUUAGCCACCAUGGCAGAUUUAAAAGGUAAACUUGUGGACAAUGUAAAAGACAUUGUUAUGAAAGAUGAUAAUGGGGAUGAAAUUGAAUUUGAAGAAGACAUGGAAACAGUGCAAGAAUUUGAAGAACCUGUUGGUGGUUCUUCAGCAGAAAGUAAAAAUGUUGAAAAAUCUGGAACUAAGGGCGAACAUAAAUACAAAUGUGAUGAAUGUGCCAAACCUUAUGUUACCAAGGCUGCAUUAAAAAAACACUUGCAACUUGUCCACAACAAAGAGAUGGAAGGUCAAGUUCAAAAAGCCACAAGUAAAUGUAUUCAUCCUGGAUGUGAAAAAAUCUUUUAUCAUCGUCAAAAAAUGAUUGACCAUUUAAGGGAAGCUCAUGGAGUCAAAUGUGUUCAGGAAGAUCUUGUUUUCAACAGUUGGGAUGAAUUUUUGCUGUGGAAAGAAAAAGAAGAAGAUGCAAACUUUGUCCAUUUCUCUAAAAACUCUACUCAUACAAAUGCUAAAAACUACAUGUUAACAAACUUUACUUGUCAACGAGAAGGUAAAGCAGGUUACAAAUACAAAGGCUCUCAGCAGAAAAAGUACAAAGAUUUGGUUAUUGGAGAGAGAAUCUGCCCUGCAAGGAUGAGAGCACGAUUAGAUAAGCCAACUGGUCGUGUGACAGUUCAAUAUUGUAAAUCACACAACCACAAGUUAAGUUUUCAAGACUUUUUGUACAGACGAAUGCCAGAUAGACUUCGAAAUGAAAUACGUGAAAAACUUGCUGCUGGGAUGACAUCAGAAGAAGUUUACAAAGAAUUGAAGAGCUCUGACAAUCUUCGAGAAAGCCGAGGUGAAAGGUUUGCCCCUUCUAAGAGGCAAUUUGUGACUCUUGUGAACAUUAAAACCAUCGCAAAAAGAAUGCAGAUUAAAGAGAGUGGCCCUCCGAAAAAUUUUGUGCUUGAGCCAGAACCUUAUGCCAUCCAAAUGCAAAAACUGCUUGAUGAAACCUAUAAUCCAGUGCUGCUAUACAAAGACCAAGGAUGCAAUGUAGAGAUAGGACCCGAGGAGAUUGACCAAAUAACUGGUGCCCACGACUUAUUAUUGAUAGGAAUACAAACAAAAGAACAGAAAGAUGUGUUUAUAAAGAAUGGACAUAAAAUUGUUUUUAUCGACAUAACUGAAACCCUUAUAACACCAACACAAUAUCUUAUCACAGUAAAAGUUCUGGACGAGUAUAACAAAGGAUAUCCUGUUGCCUAUCUUAUAUCGAAUUCUAGGGACGAAACUAUUUUGUUCUAUUUCUUUCGCGAACUACAAGUUCGUGUCCAAGACACGGAUUUAAAAGUAACAGCAGUUAUGACAGAGAAUUCAUGUAAUGAGUACUAUGCUUUCCGUAGUGUGUUUGGAGACGAUGUGAAGCAUCUGCUAUGUAAAUGGAACCUUCAUCGUGCUUGGUGUCAAAAGAUUCAUGAAGAAUGUGCAGGAGAUGAAGCUCUGCAACAGGAGCUGUAUUUUAUAUUUGUUACUAUGCUGGAAGAAGUUGACCUUGCCAAGUUUGAGAGCAUUGCUACGGAGUUUGUUAACAAUUACCAAUCAAGAUGUGCAAAUUUUAUCACAUUUUUUAUGUCGAAUUAUCUAAGCCAGCCAGAAGUUUGGGCAUCGUGUUAUCGUAAUAAUCCUUAUGCAGACUGUGAUGAGAUUCUUUAUGGUGACCGCCUUCAUGACAGAAUAAAAAGAGAAAUAAAAAAUAACCACAAAGUAAAAGCUAUCGAUGAUAUUCUUGAUCUCAUAUUAAAAUUUGAACACGAAGAUUACUUUAAUCGUGGUUUAAAUUUGAUGCUAAACCCACCAGAGCCAAUGCUGGUUAUUUCAGAACACAUAGCAGGAAUGAAGAUCAAAAAUGCAAGUGUUGUUGAGAAUUACAGCACAGAUAACAGAUGGCUUGUUAAAACAACAAAAAGAGAUCCUGCGGACCUGCAAAGUAUAAAGGAAGAGGCUUUUAUUGUAACAUGGAAAGCUGACAUUUGUGAAAAAGAUUUUUGCAGAGAACGCUGUCUGAAACUAGCAUGUUUUGGUUUAUGUGGACAUUUAUAUCACUGCUCCUGUGACACUGAAACAGUAACACCAUGUCGACAUGUACACAAGGUUCACAGUAUGCGCAUUGGAGUUGGUCAAUAUCAAAACGAUGAAGAAUCGUCAAAGGAGGAGAACAAAGAGGCAUCUGAUGAAAUAGAUCACGGAAAAGUAGACAUGGUGACAACUGAAUUAAUUGGCGAAACUAAUCAAUCAGAACAAAAAUUAAAUCUCAUUAACCAAGUUCAUGCGACAACUGCCCCAGAUCUCAGUCAUGCUCGAGAGCAAAAAUUAAAAAAAAUUAAGUUGGAUUUAGUUCAGCUAUACAAAUUUCUGGAAAAAGAUAACAUUCAGAAGUACUCCUUGGAUUUUAUCGAAGCAGGUUUGAAAAAAGUUAUUGAUGAAUGCAAGGUAAUUGACAGCAUUGGACAGAGCAAAUCUAUUGAAUCUUUUCAUGGCAAACGGAAAGCACCAGAGAAAGAUCUAGAGGAGUUUGAAUUAUUGGUAAGAUCUGUGAAAAGGAAAAAAGUAAUGGGAACUAGUGUACCUGUUAUUGUUGAAAUUGAACCCAAUCCUGCUGUUUAUAACACUUUUCGAAAGAGGAUGACUGGAAGCAAUGAAGAAACACCUGAAGACAGAAUGCUGCGUUUAAGCAAAUCAAAGAACAUUACCAUUAAUAUAGAGAGUGAUGAAAAAUAUCGUAAAACGCAAAGCCAGCAGGUUACAUCAACACCUGGAAUUAUCGUGGCUAAAGAAGGAGAUGAAUCACCUUUAAAAGUUGAAGAUGAGGAGUUUAAACUCGAUUUAUAUCAACCCGAUGAAGCUGAUACAGAAUGGACACCAAGAGGGCCAAGAAAGGGAAAAGCGAAAUCGAAAUCUUUAGGGAGAAAAAAAAAUACUAAGCCAAAAGCAGCAAGCAUUGAAAUACCACCUUUUGCUGAUUUUUCAGAUCCACUUAAAGUGACCAUUCGUAAUGGUAACUGUGGGUUAAGUAUGAUUGAAAUAAAAACCUUGGACACCAAUGCUUUAGAGACAGAGAAAGAGAUAAUAUCUAAAACUAUUCCGAAUUAUACCGAAAACCUUAUUCCAGAUGCUGUGGUAAAUUCUUAUCUUCAUGUUCUUUCAGAAAAGAACAAUUCGUUGUUCUUAUUGACAGAGCAAACUCAAUCUUUGUGUAACUCUGAGCCUCACAACAAACGCUUUUGGGACAUUAAAGACCUCAAUGGUGACAAGAAAAGAAAAUAUAUUUUCAUUCCAUGGAAGAAUCAUGAUGUAAUAUGUUUAUUUGUUAUUGAUCUCUACAAUGAAAACAUAAUGCACAUGAAUCCACUCAAGAAACUUGAAGAAAUUCCUGCAGACGUGAAAACGAUUUACAGUAUGCUAGCAGGUGUCAUGAUAACAGAAAUACCAUUUGAUAGUACACGCACCACGCAGCCAACAUGGCCACUUUUGUUACCUGAUUAUGUGGUUGAGACAGACCUUAAAAAUGCUUCAGUGAGAUCACUUUGGUAUGCCAAUCAGCUUUCCACAAACCAGUCAAUUGCAGAUACUUUGCCGAGUAUGGACAAUUUCAGAAAGUUUAUAUUUUUUGACAUUGCUGGCUGUUGUCUUGUACAUUGUAUAAAAGAGACAUUACAUGUAUGUCCCGUCUGUAGUAUGGAGGAAGGUACAUCUAUCGAGUGCAGUCGUUGCAAACAAAUGUACCAUGCAGAUUGUUUGAAGGAGAAUUCAAAGGACAAUCCAUUUAUUUGCUUGUUCUAAAUAUUUUUUCUUGAUUAUUUGUGUUUAUCAAUUGCUGGAAAUUUUUAAUUUGAUUUUUUGAUUCCAAUGAUAUCAUAAAAUUGACUUUAUUUUGCCUCACAUUCUUGUCUUUUGAGCCCUUUCUACACCAAAGAAACAAAAGUAUAAAUAUGGGAAAAAGUCUUUUGUGUACUUGCUAAUUUUUUACUAAGUAAGAUCUUGCAUUAAUAUAUAAAAAACAAAAUUUUUUAAGAUCUAUUGAUAUCACUGCUGUUGUUGUGUAAAUAUUUUUUGCUAUCUUAUAAAGGAGAAGACUUUUCUUCCUAUUUGGUACUUUUUUGUGAUACUCCUAAUGCUAAAUAAAAAUACUUUAUAAUGUUUUUUUGGACUAACUCUUGGUCAGUGGAAUUAAGUUACAUUCAUAAAAUUUUCUGAUACUUUUUGCAUGCUUUAUAGAAUUAGGUCCUUUGCAUCAGAGUCUUUUAUCUGUAUGUAUUGUUUACUAGAGUGUAAGAGUUAUUGGUUCUUACUGUGUUUUAAAAAUUAAAACAAAGCCUUGAGCAUACUCGCUGUAGUGGAAGUUUGUCUUAUCAGAUUAGUAACCCUUCUUUAAUAUCUCUUUUCAGUUUAUUAAAGAUAAAUUGUCAUUGUAGAAUAUGUUUGCAAAGGUUUUUCAUGUCUAAUGCAUAUUAGCUUUUAUUUUAUCUGUGGUUUAAACAGAUUUUGUGAGGAAAUCUUAAAAUGCGAAAAAGGUUCGCAUUGUGUUUUAGCUUUAAAAUCUCUGUUAAAACCGAUUUAAAAUAUAAUUAAACCACAGUGGGACCCAGCUUUAAAGUUUGGACAGAAUGUAUCUGUUUUUGAUAUGUUUAUUGUUUUUUUUGACAUGUGUUAAUACUUAAUAGUGUUUUUUGCAAUUUUGCUAUUAUUUACUUUAUUUUCUGGGACAUAAGCCACUAGCGUUGUUUUUGCUGUACAAGCAAAUGCAACUGGCACUAAAUUAGAAUUUAAUGAAGAGAUGCUUUAUGGAUUAUUAUUAUUGUUUAAGCCUCUGCCUAGCAUAUACAGUCUUAAUAAGAGAAGAACUGUGUAUCUUGUUGCAUUUUGUGUGUAAAGCUUGACAGACAGCUGUAACUUAUACCCAGAGAAUAAUAGAGGCAUUUAAUGGUUUACAUUAUAUAUAUUUAUCCUUUUUAUGUAUUUCCAGUGUUUUUUUCUGAGAAUGGUUUUUGUACAGUAUACCAAGUACUAGAGUUGUAACAAAAAAAGCUUUAUCUAUCCCCACUA